AUGUCCAAGUCAACAAGCCCUUCGUUGAAUUCCGACAAGGAAAGCGGUGACUCCAGUGAGGGUGCCAAGAAACAUCAACAAGAAUCUCCAGACGUCCUCCGACACAACAGAUCUUGGUGGCAGCGUGUUCCGUUCACUUCUACUAAAACCCCUCCUCCGCCAUUGAAAUCGCUCGAUGAUGCUCCUCUCCUUCCGGAAGCGACAGCUAAUUUCCUCAGCAACAUUACAUUCACCUGGAUAACCCCUCUCUUAAGUCUAGGCUAUGCUCGUCCUUUGGAAGCUACCGAUCUCUACAAACUACAACCUGACCGUGGGGCAGCUCAUAUCGCGCAUCUUAUCACUGAAUCGUUUGACCGUCGUACCCAAAAGGCUAACGACUACAAUACCAAGUUGGCCAACGGCGAAAUCGGCCCUGGUAUAAAGGGCAUCUGGUGGUCAAUUCAAGGGAAACGCCAGGAAAAGGAAGCGGAAUGGAGGCAAAAAACAGGCAAGAAGAAAGCCAGUUUAGUUUGGGCGCUAAACGACAGUGUAAUGUGGUGGUUUUGGUCGGCUGGCCUUCUCAAAGUCGUCGGAGAUACCGCACAAGUUACUAGUCCUCUCGUUGUAAAGGCAAUUAUCAAAUUUGCUACCGACUCUUAUGUUGGCCAUCGAACCGGGGCAGACAAUAUUCCUGGAAUUGGUGUGGGCAUUGGCCUAACAUUUACCCUUUUUGCCAUGCAAAUUAUAGUAUCACUAUGCACCCACCACUUUUUCUAUCGCAGCACGUCUACUGGCGUUUUACUUCGUGGGGGGUUGAUUACUGCCAUCUAUGACCGUUCCCUCAGAUUAACAUCCCGAGCUCGAUCUACAUUGACUAACGGGAAACUUGUCAACCACAUUUCUACGGACGUAUCGCGCAUCGAUUUCUGCGCAGGUUUCUUCCAUAUGUCAUGGACGGCGCCAAUUCAGAUGAUUAUCUGUUUAAUCCUUCUCCUCAUCAACUUAGGACCUUCCGCUCUCGCCGGUUUCGCAUUUUUUGUUCUUGGAACACCUGUUCAAACAUUCGUCAUGAAAAAACUAUUUGCCUUGCGACGAAAGAGUAUGGAAUGGACCGACAAGCGGGCAAAAUUACUUCAGGAACUUUUGGGGGGCAUGAAAGUGAUCAAAUUCUUUGCAUGGGAAAUCCCAUUCCUUGCACGAAUUACACAAUAUCGCAGGAAUGAGAUGGCAUAUAUCCGCACACUGCUCGUCAUUCGUUCUGCCAAUAACGCAGUAGCGAUGAGCAUGCCCGUCCUCGCGUCCGUUAUUGCCUUUAUCACUUAUUCUGCCACUGGACACACUUUGGAGCCUGGAGUUAUCUUCACUUCAUUGUCUCUGUUUAAUCUACUUCGGCUUCCUCUCAUGUUUUUGCCUGUCUCCUUCAGUUCUAUCGCCGACGCUCAAAAUGCCAUUGGUCGACUGUACGGUGUUUUCGAAGCGGAACUGCUUGAAAAGACACAUACAGUCGAUCCUUCAAUUGAGAAUGCACUGGAAGUAAAAGCAGCAUCAUUCACUUGGGAUGCUCCGCCUCCGGAUGAGGGUGAAAAGAAAGGGAAAAAAUCUAGCGGUUUGAUGAAGUCUUCGAAAACGAAAGCCAAAGCCAAAGCCUAUGAAAAGAAGCGCGCCGCCGACAUGGAGGAAAAGGCUAACGGUGAAGAAGAGAGAAUAUUCAAGAUGAACAAUAUUUCUUUGAGCAUUCCACGAGGCCAGUUAGUGGCUAUUGUAGGCCCUGUGGGUAGCGGGAAAACAAGUUUACUGCAAGGAUUAAUUGGGGAGAUGCGAAAAACAUCUGGUGAUAUCGUUUUUGGUGGAAGUGUCGGUUACUGCCCACAGAGUGCGUGGAUUCAGAAUGCCACUAUUCGCGAAAAUAUAUGUUUUGGGAGGCCCUUUGAAGAAGAAAGAUAUUGGAAUGCUGUCCGAGAUUCAUGCUUAGGACCCGAUCUUGAAAUGUUGCCGCACGGAGAUUUGACCGAAGUUGGAGAAAAGGGCAUUUCUCUUUCCGGUGGUCAAAAGCAGAGAAUCAAUAUAUGCAGAGCAAUCUACUGUGACACCGAAAUACAAAUAUUCGAUGACCCCCUAUCCGCACUCGAUGCACAUGUAGGCAAAGCUGUUUUCCAAAACGUCCUGCAGAACAGCCUUUCUGAAAAGACACGCAUCCUCGUUACACAUGCCUUGCAUUUCUUGCCUCAAGUGGACUACGUUUAUGUUAUUGCCGACGGGACCAUUGCUGAACAAGGCACUUAUGCGGAGCUCAUUGCACGCAAGGGCGCAUUCUCUGCUUUUAUUGCCGAAUUUGGCGCGGCCGAAGAAGACGAAGAAAAAGAGCAGGAAGAUGAAGAGGUUGCCAUUGAUGAAGCUUCAUCAGCUUCAACCAAGGUCAAGGAAGGCGCAGCUAAAUCGAAGAAGGAAAAGGAGGGAUUGGACAAGGUCAAAUCGUCCGUUGGCGGUGCUGCCCUGAUGCAGACAGAAGAAAGAAAUACUGGUGCAAUUUCUUGGGACAUAUACAAGGAUUAUAUGAAAGCUGGUCGCGGGUCUGUGGUGGUGCCGUCACUUUUGUUAUCGUUGGCCCUCUUACAGGGUGCAACGGUGAUGUCAUCUUAUUGGCUGGUUUGGUGGCAAGAGAACACAUUUGAACGUUCCCAGGGUUUCUACAUGGGUUUAUAUGCAAUGCUUGGAGUAGCCCAGGCUAUAUUCUCAUUUACCAUGGGAGCGACGUUUGCUUUGCUAACAUUUUUUGCAUCACAAUCGCUUCAUAAGCAAGCUAUAAAACGAGUCAUGCACGCCCCAAUGUCAUUUUUUGAAACAACUCCCCUUGGUCGAAUUAUGAAUCGCUUUUCUAAGGAUAUCGACACAAUCGACAACUUGCUGGGAGAUGCUCUUCGUAUGUUCAUGGCGACAUUCUCCGCUAUCAUAGGCGCUAUCAUCUUGAUUUCCGUUGUGCUCCCAUGGUUUUUGAUCGGUGUUUUCGCUAUCUGUCUUGGAUAUGUUUAUGCUGCCGCUUUUUAUCGUGCAAGCGCACGCGAAUUGAAGGUUCGUGAUGCUGUAUUGAGGUCUUCACUCUAUUCACAUUUUUCGGAAAGUCUUUCUGGUUUGGCGACCAUUCGUGCAUACGGAGAGGCAGAUCGUUUCCGAUCUGACAAUGAAAAACGAGUUGACGUCGAGAACAGAGCAUAUUGGCUCACUGUCACCAACCAGCGUUGGCUCGGAGUCAGACUGGACCUUCUAGGAGCGUCUUUGACUUUUAUUGUCGCAAUACUCACCGUGGGCACACGGUUCAGUAUUUCACCUUCUCAGACCGGUUUGGUUCUGUCUUACAUUUUAAGUGUCCAACAAGCUUUCGGUUGGAUGGUUCGACAAAGUGCUGAAGUGGAAAACGACAUGAACUCGGUAGAGCGCAUAGUUUAUUAUGCCCAUGGCGUCGAGCAAGAAGCUCCCCAUGAUAUUCCUGACAAGAAGCCCCCUCCGUCUUGGCCUGCAGAGGGACGACUCGUGCUUAAGGAUGUCGUGUUGAGCUAUAGACCAGAGCUCCCUGCUGUGCUUAAAGGCAUCUCAAUGAAUGUGGCGGCUGGAGAGAAAAUCGGCAUUGUGGGAAGGACUGGCGCGGGAAAGAGUUCUAUCAUGACUGCUCUUUACCGCAUUGUCGAACUUACGUCCGGUUCGGUUGUUCUGGACGAUAUUGAUGUUUCCACCAUUGGUUUGGCUGAUUUGAGGAAGGGCCUCGCCAUUAUUCCCCAGGACCCGCUUCUCUUCUCCGGAACACUGAGAUCGAACCUCGACCCAUUCAAUCUGCAUGAUGACGCCACACUCUGGGACGCGCUAAAACGAGCACACCUCGUCGAGUCUUCUGCCGCGAAACAACGCAACUCGACGACCGAGGACGAAACGCCUGGCAGUGGCACGCAGACGCCCGUGAACCGGUUCAGUCUCGACACGGUGAUCGAAGACGAAGGUGGUAAUCUCUCCGUGGGCCAGCGGUCGCUCGUGUCGCUGGCUCGCGCGCUUGUCAAGAACGCCAAAGUGAUCAUAUUAGACGAGGCGACAGCCUCCGUGGACUACGAGACCGAUCGCAAAAUCCAAGAUACCAUUGCAUACGAAUUCAAAGACCGGACGAUUCUGUGCAUAGCUCACCGGUUACGCACUAUCAUAGCGUACGACCGUAUAUGCGUGCUUGACGCCGGACAGAUUGCCGAAUUCGAUACCCCUGCGAAUCUGUAUGAAAAACCGGACGGCAUAUUCCGCGGGAUGUGCGAGCGCUCUUCGAUCACGAUAGACGAUAUCAAGUUGGCGUCCAAGGCGCUGCACGCUGACGACGUGGACGAAAAUUAG